UGCUGCUGGACCUGGCAUUCAGCAUGGCCUGCCAAAAAUGCAAGACCCAUGGUCGCUGUUCUGCUCACCUUCAGCUGCCGUCCUGUUAUACCGUCGUCCCCUUUGAUCCCGCUGGUCCUACCAAUUCUUUGAUUAUCAAACGUCAUGGCAGCCAAUCCGCUCAUCUCGACCCAAGAUCCAAGCGGACUUGGGAGCCUCGGAGUGUCACUCGCGUCUCUUGAAGCCAGCUUCAAUGCUGCCACUGCUCUGCUCAACAGAGCGAGGGGACAUCGUCAGCUUCCAGAGGCACAGCAACGGCAAGGCAAACGACCUGAGGAGCCUGGGAACCCUUCGGCAAGUCGGCCUUUGGCUGCGCAAGAGGCUUCGGUUCUGCAAGGCGAGCAGCGAGUAAGCGCCCAGUCGUCUCUUCUGCAGGCUUCUCUGGAGGAUUUUCGAAAAAAGUUUGCGAACCCGUUUCCCGCGGUGCUGUCAGACAGCGCAUCGAUAAAUGACAGGGAAAACUCAACGGUCCAGGAAGUUGCCGGAAAGGGAAGGCCACGGACAUCAGAAGAAACAAUGGAAACGGUCACUGUGAAAGGCGCCGCAGGGUCAGGCGGGCAUUUGGGCGGAGACGUUUCCAUCCUGGAGGCCGCAUCAGUGUCGGUGCCCAACAAAUUGGCCGAUCUCUUUCCCGCGCGAGGAACAACCGCUUCGAGUGCCUUGAAAGUUCCAUCUGCGAAAACGCACCCGGCACCAUUCACAAACACAGGCACAAGUCGCCGAGAUACCACAUCUUUGAUACCAAAAACGCAAAAUCCCACAAAGGCGAACCUGCACAAACGUCAUGCAGACCCCUCGCAAACUAUCGCGUCGUUGGAUCCGAGAAAGAUAGAUGAGGAAGUCAAGACUUUGGACGCUUUGCAGGAUAGAAUCCACGCAAUCAAUCAAAAGCUGCUACGGCAGCAACUUGCAGUUGCCAAUGAUCAGAGCAAUGCUGUGCAGCAGCAAAUCAUGAAGCAAAUUACGCAUCUACAUGAUAUGCAAGAGAAGCAGGCGGAAUGGCAAAUGCUGCAUAUGAAAAAGCUUCAGACUUUGAUGAGCGUCGAGAUUGUUCCAGGCAACGUCCAGGCGGCAGCGACACAGCCACGAGCGGGAAAACUACCGCUUCCACCCGACUCUGAGUCUAUUGCUCGUAGAGAUGCGGAGCCUUCCAAUGCUCCACGUGUGAAUGAUGGGCCAAACAAUGCGCAAACUGUGGGGACCCAGUCAGGACCAGGGCCCAGCCAGGAUUUGAAGGAUCAGCUACGAGCCAUCCACGAAGAUUUGCGAAAGUACAUCACGACCACUACUGCAGGAGCCAUUCACGGUCCAGAACUGCCAGUGCCAAAAGCGGUGGCUGACGAAGGAACGUCGACGGAACUUGAUCGGCAAGCGAAUCUGGUUGGGCGGAUUGCGACGGCGCUGGACGAUCUUGCCGGUAUUCACUCUACACUGGGUUGGUCGCCCCUUGACGAGGUUUUGACAGCACGGUUUCCAUCGACCAAUGCUGGGCCAAGAGCGCGGGCUGAGGAGCUUGAGGUCGAUACUGCCACACCGAAGGCAGCGCGGCCAGGUGCGCGCCCCAUUUCGCAAAGUCUGAAUACCGUGGAAGACAACUUCAGCUACACCCGUGUAGCCAGUGCUCUACGGGAUCUGAGGCAGAAAACCCUUGCAAUCCUUGGUGAUGAUCACAAGCCAUCAUUUGGACCUGCUGACUUCCCAAUAAAGCCAACGUUUGGCGAGGUCAGCCAGCGGGCACCGGAUGGAUUUGAUGAGCCAGACGAUCACGAGCGUAUCAGAGCUGCUGUGCAUCAGAGAAUCCUGCAGCUAACAAAGGGAAAGACCAUCCGUUCAACAAUUACAAUCAAAGCGCUCGGACCAAGGCUCCAAUACCUCCUAAGGAGCAACCUGCACAUUACGUGACGCCUUCCAUACCAGCAGCCGAGCCAGCUGCAAAACCUCGCGCCAUUCUGCUACCCAGAAAUAGUUCGGGAGACAUCCAAUCCA